AUGGGGUUCGAAAAGGAAGAAGAAGAAGCCGAUGGAAAUGUUUCAUGCAAUACAGACCAGACAGCUCUGGGCAGCCAAGAGCUCCAAGAUAAGCCUAGUGAUCCUCCCGAUGGCGGCUUCACGGCGUGGAUGCAUGUUCUGCUCAUGCACAUCAUCUUCUUCAACACCUGGGGCGUAGCAAACGGCUAUGGCGUCUUUCAAGAGUAUUACACGCAGACUCUCGGCAAAUCUCAGUCUUCCAUCUCCUGGAUAGGCAGUGUCCAAGUCUUCUUCCUCUUUUCCAUUGGCGCUUUCUCAGGGCGUCUGACCGACGCUGGCCAUUUUCGAAUCACAUUCGCGUGCGGGGUGUUCCUCCAACUCUUGGGCAUCUUCAUGACAUCGCUUUGCACGGCUUACUGGCAGAUUUUUCUGGCGCAGUCUGUUUGUCUUGGUAUCGGAAACGGCUUGACCUUUUGCCCAGCCAUAGCCGUUCUCUCCCAGUACUUUAAGAAAUAUCGAGCCUUUGCCGUCGGCGUUUCUGCUGCUGGCGCCGCUGUGGGCGGGCUCGUGUACCCAGUCCUGAUUAACCAGCUCAUUUUCCACAACAACUUUGGGUUUCCCUGGACUCUAAGAAUCAUGGGCUUCAUCAUGCUUGCGACCUAUAUCCCUUGCUUGAUCUGGUUCAGGCCUCGUCUCCCACCGCAGAAGACGGGGGGGUGGACAGACACAUCCGCCUUCAGCGAUGUGCCAUUCCUACUCUUCUCUCUAAGCAUGUUUCUCAAUUUUUGGGGUCUCUAUUUUGCAUUCUUUUAUCUCGGAACCUACGCUCGAGACAAGAUCGGGAUCAAGGAACCGAUCAACCUAGUCAUGGUUCUCAACGGUGUUGGCAUCCUCGGACGCGUUCUGCCAACAAUUGUGGCCGAUAAACGGGUCGGAAUACUCAAUAUGCUAAUUCCAAUGAGCUUUGGUGCCAGCUUGCUUGUAUUUUGCUGGGCAGCAGUAUCAUCGGCCGUUGGGCUGUAUGCUUUUGCCAUUGUAUAUGGACUGAUUGCCGCAGCAUUGCAGGCGCUCUUCCCAGCUGUCGCCACAACCAUGACUCCCGAUCCCAGCAAAACCGGUACACGUGUCGGCAUGAUUCUUGGAUUCGUUAGUUUCUCAACUCUCACGGGUCCAGCUAUUUGCGGCGCCAUAAUAGAGAGACAAGGGGGGAGCUAUUUAGGGGCGCAAAUGUUUGCUGCUUCGUGCAUUCUGCUUGGAGCCCUGAUGGCUUUGGCGGCAAGGAUUGCCAAAGCUGGGUCCAAGCUCAUGGUAAAGGUGUAG